AUGACGCCCUUAAUCUGGAAAAAGGAGGAUGACAUUGAGCUACUUGCUUGGAUUGACUUUUGCAAGCUGCAGAAAGUAGGAACCGAGGAAGACACGCUCGACUACAUGAUUGAGCACUCCCGCUUCACCAGUCGCGAUGCAGUGAAGGAACAUCUAAGCGAGCUAUGGGAAAGAUACGGUGAUCAGAGUGAAGACUCGGACCAAACAAUGUCUCUCGUUGAUAUGAUAAGUAAAGGGUCUGCUUACAUGACCAAACUUCCAGGCGAGAUGCGCGAGAGCAUCAGAACGAAAGUUGACGGCAAUUCCAGCGAUUCACUAAUGCUGCUCAUCAUUGCUAAAAUGGGGGAUAAUAGAAAGCUGAAGAAAGCCACGAAGAAUAUGAGGGGCCUCCCUUCAACGGAGGAGGAUCAGAGGGGACUGAAGCGUAGCAAGAAGGCCGAGAAAGCAGAUGAUGAUCUCCCACCUUCCAAAAAGCCUCGCUCGAGCAAAGCUAAAAUAUCUGCAAAGACGAUUGAAGCUGAUAUUGUGAAUGGAGUUGUAAAAUCCCGAUUGACAACCCAAAAACCGGCAACAACUUCGACCGAAGCUGCAGUUUGCAAUGGCGGAGAGCUCACAAGAGCCAAAUCCCAAGCAUUCCAGUAUGAGCCGCUAGACAAAACAGCAAAUGGAGAUAGCUGGCCAAAGCGUCUGAGAUCAUUGGAGAAUAAACAUAACCAAGAGAUAGCUCAAAUGCAAGAGCUCUGGCAAGCAGAGUCUGAGAAACUCAGCAUAAUGGAAGCCAAGGCCCAAGGAACGAUCAGAGAUUUGAGGGCACAGUUAAAACACCUGAAUGAGGCACGAAGGGUUCGUCAAGAGGAGGAACAAAGAGCUUUAGAAAGCGAUGCCUAUGUUUCAUUAGAAACCCGACAAUUCGAAGACCUUGAGGAAAUCUACCGAUUGACCAAAGAAAAUAGAGAAAUGCACAAGUUCUCUGAAUUCGCCGAUUUAGAUUUACCAGGAACCCUAAAUAUAGGACACGACACGAUCGACGAAGCGAUAGAUCAAAUACAAUUCGAACUCUCCUCCAUCUCUUGUCAUCACAUCAAUACUCCGCAACUUUUUCCGAAGAUAUUUUCAAUACCAAGCGACUUGCGCAACCUUAUAUAUUCUGCUUUCAAUAGUGACAUUGAAACCGCCAUUGGGAGAAAUGAAGUCGAGAUCAUUACAAAGAAAUUCGGUGCUCAAGUCUGCAUCAGAGCUCUUGUGUUGGCUGCACUGAGAGAUUGGGUUUUUAUGUCAAGGUUUCCUAAUUUCGCCCCUUCAAACCCUCGCAUUCUAUCGAGUUAUAGGCACAUUAUCUCCAGUUUAGGCGGGGAAAGCAAGCUUUCUAGCUUGGACAUAGCAGCUCAUCGCGCUCUUAUCGAAGGGAAAUGGCUCAAAGAGGAAUCGAUACCCAAAAGAGCCACAGAUCUAGCGGCCAGGUUCUCUAAUGCAGUCGCUCCCUUGUUCGCAAGCACACCAUACAGUGCAGAAGAUGGAUUGUUCCACACUUGGGGGGAGCAUUCAGAAUGUUGGAAAGACAGGCGAGCACAUCUGCAAGAAAUUUUCCAGACUGCAUUAACCUUGAAAGCCGAUUCUGUUGUAACAAAGUCCCGCAACCAGAGCGCGUUAGUGCAAACGGAAAAUUUUGUCAAGGUGUCCGAAGCAAGGGCUAGUGCAAAGUACAGCAAGGAUUUGCUAUUCCCCAAGAGAUCGCCUGAAGUUGUUUCCAAUCAUAUCACAGAGGUCGCGGAAACACCAAUUCCCAAACAUAAAAGUACGGAUCAAUCAAAAGUUAUCAUAGGAGCUGAAGCCUCUCUUACAUCACCGGUUCCCGAAAGUGAUGUUGAAAAUUUGAAAGAACAAAGAUCUGCUGGAGCAGAAGAUGAUGCGGAAUCUGGCCAUAGUAAAGAUCCACCUCUUCCACGAUGCAAAGAAUGUGACAAAGAGUUUCCGGCAAUAGCUCUACUUCGUAGACACGAAAAGAAUAGAAAAUGCACAGAGUGCCCAGAGUGCGGUAGAAGAUUUUCCCGCCUAGCUGCUCUACAAAAUCACCAGAAGGCCGAGCAUAGCGAAUAUCGUGCGCCCAGACCUGAGGAACUCCCCAUCGAGCCGAGGCGGGCACACCCUGAGCCGGGCACCUCAGUUGGCCAUAAAAAGAACCAAUUCCACAAAAUUUCAGUAACUGCUGAAGCUAAAGAUGCCAGCCCGAAUCGUCAACGAAAUAAGAAUCGUACGGAAAAUCAACUCAUCAAGGCGCCGCAAACAGUUUCUGCGGUUGCGUCAAAGGCUAGACCGGCACAAGUAUGCCAGGAUAACCCCAGACAGAAGAUUCCCGAAGGUGAAAUCGUUAACGCUAAGCCAAAAUGUGAUCUUUGCGGUAACGUAUUCUCGAGCAAGGAGAGUCUACAGCGCCAUGUUAGACGAAAUAUCUGCUCACUCGAAUGUUCAGAGUGCAAGGAAAAUUUUGCAAGCCUCGAAGAAAGACGUUACCACCAGCGCAGGGAGCACAAGUCGGUAGGGGAAAAGCCAAAAGAUCUAAAAAUGCCUGAACCACAAACUCCAUCGACCCCUCUCAAAAAAAGCGACAGAUCGCAGAUUUCAAAUCAGACGAGAACUCCGUCCUCGAAUAACACUCAAAACCGCGACAUAGAUGGUAAGCCUCGCUAUAAAAAAACACCACGCAGAGAGACCGAGGAUUCAGAUGCUGAUGAUAUGCUUUCCCCUUCGGAAAUGGUGAAAAUAAAACGUGCUCAAAGGAGAAGAUCUACUAGAUCUUCAGAUGGACGAACUGAAGUGAGGACAAUUGAAAGCCAGGAAUCACCAGUCCGACCCCAUGAAAAGCGAAGUAAGACUCCAGCAACGAAGAAUGAUUAA